CAUUGACAGUGGGGGACGUUUGCCGUACCGAAGCUGUUGCGACCUCAGAGUGAUUGAGAAGAAGGAGAAGGAGAAGGAGAGAGAGAGAGAGAGAGAGAGAGAGAGUGUGUUUGUGUGUUUGUGUGCGCGCGUAUGUGUGUGUGUAAGCGAGAGAGAGACAGGUACAGUGUGUGCUCAUUGCAAGUUGAGUAUAUGUUCGAGGACAGUCAGAUCGGUGUUUCGAAGUGGAUUCUGUCAAUGUGUGAACGAAUGAAUAUCUGAAACGAUGUUUUGUGUCCAGCUGCCAAUGGUGGGCGUUUCUCCAUCGGCAUUGUCUCCCUUUCGAUUUCUGGUGCCGUCGGAGUGUUGCAGCAGCUGAGAAACUUAUUUUUCCACACUAGCGAAGGAGUUUGGAACAGUCUUUACAACCAUGCGCUGCACGCGCGCUUGUCACAGGAAGUCCGUCUCUUCACUUUGAGAGCUCUUCCGGCAUCGACCAUUGUACCGCAGCGCCGGUCCUCGGGGAGCGUUCAAACUAGCAGGAUCCGUUGGACCCAAGAGACACGCGCAGUCAAACACGAGAGAGAGAGAGAGAGAGAGAGAGAGAGAGAGAGAGAGAGAGAGAGAGAGAGAGAGAGAGAGAGAGAGAGAGAGAGAGAGAGAGAGAGAGAGAGAUGGCUGUCCCCACUGGAACCUCGCCUCCUCAAAAGACAUUACAAGCAGCAGCACCUGAGUUCGAUCCAGAAGCACCAGCUGUAGGUAAGAGACCUGGCCCAUGGCCACCAAGAAUGGAACCGCUACCACCUGACCACAGCUACAACCCAAGGGCGUUAGGGACAUGGGCCCGUCGUACUGGUUACAAAAGCAAUAUGUCUGGGGAGAGUGCGAGCACAGCCAGUGAUGUCGAAAUCGGCUUGCCUGAUAACACCGUCAAUGGCAACAUUCUUCCAAAGGGAGCGCAAGCUGAUCAGUUGCCCAACAGAGAUCUCGAGAAUGGAGCACACGCCAAUGGCCUUAAGGACCACGAGAGAUUAAAGCCUCCUCCAGGUCUUGCUGCGACCGCUGUCUCACCCCACCCAGGUGGUAUACCCCCUAAUGCUGUGGUUUUCAAUCCCCAAAAGGCAAGAGCAAGCUCUGAUCCUGAAGUUAUAAAUGUUGUCCAAAACAGCGGACCUUUCCGCGCUGAGCCCGCCAGAGCUUACAAGCAGGACUCAGAGGUCGAUAUGAUGUCUCAGUCUCAGGACGCCGACGACGCUCUUAUGAACAAGCAUUCCCACAUGAAGUACGAAAUCCGAGAAACUCCCGGACUCGUGCCAUUAGUUGUCUACGGUAUACAACAUUAUUUCUCCAUAGUGGGUUCUCUUAUUCUUAUCCCGCUUGUCAUCGUUCCAGCUGCCGGCGGACAGGACGAGGAUGUCGCGAAAGUCAUCUCAACCAUGCUAAUGGUUUCGGGGAUCUCUACAUUGCUCCAUUCUUUUUUUGGGUCCAGGUUGCCUCUUAUACAAGGGGCAUCAUUCGUGUAUCUGGCUCCAGCUUUGGCCAUCAUCUAUUUGCCAAAGAAUUUCUCGAGGCCUGCAGAUGAGAGAUUCAAGGAUACGAUGAGAGAUCUGCAGGGCGCCGUGAUCAUCUCUUCGUUAUUUCAGAUAGUUGUUGGUUACAGUGGCUUGAUGGCUCUUCUUCUUAGGGCAAUCAACCCGGUGGUGGUGGCUCCAACUGUCGCUGCAGUAGGACUAGCUUUCUUCACUUAUGGCUUUCCUUACGUUGGAACUUGUGUAGAAAUUGGAAUCCCUCAGAUUCUUGUGGUCCUCAUUUUCGCACUGUAUCUGCGCAGGGUAUCCAUAUUCGGUCACAAGAUUUUCCAAGUAUACGCGGUACCUUUGGGUCUCGCUAUUGUCUGGGCAUACGCCUUUCUGCUGACGCAGACAGGUAAAUACGACUACAAAGGCUGCAACCUUGAUCAUCCACCAAGGAAUGGAACAGUAAUCCUUCCAUUUCCUGCCAACUGCACGGACCAGAUAUUUACGCAGACCCAAUGUCGAACAGACAUAUCUCACGCUCUCUCCAAGUCUUCCUGGUUCCGAGUUCCAUAUCCUUUCCAAUGGGGUUCCCCAUCUUUCGACUGGAGGACAGGAGUCAUUAUGAUUGCUGCAUCAGUAAUAGCAUCCGUAGACUCGGUUGGAUCAUACCACGCAACAUCGCUCUUAGUAGCGGCAAGAGCUCCCACUCCAGGCGUAGUGAGUCGGAGUAUAGGUCUGGAGGGCCUCACUUGCGCUUUAGCGGGCCUGUGGGGAACCGGUACGGGCGCCACGACAUUGACUGAAAAUGUGCAUACGAUUGCUGUCACCAAAAUGGGUAGUCGUCGCGCUGUGCAAUUUGGAGCUACUGUGCUCAUAGUUUUAUCUUUAGUCGGCAAAAUUGGAGGAUUUCUUGCAACCAUCCCUCAAGUUAUAGUGGCUGCUCUUCUUGUCAUAAUGUGGACGAUGCUUGCCGCCCUGGGUCUGUCCAAUCUACGCUACAGUGAAACCGGAAGUUCCCGUAAUGUGCUAAUAGUUGGAUUAUCUCUCUUUCUCUCUUUAUCGGUUCCGGCCUACUUUCAACAGUACGACGCCGAAGCUGCUGGUGGUGUCAACGCACCUCCUUACUUCCAGCAAUUCACAGUGGCGUCUCAUGGACCUAUCAGAACGAGCAGCACUAAAUUGAACGAAGUGCUCAAUACAAUAUUUUCCCUGCACAUGGUUAUAGCUUUUCUCGUCGCCUUCAUACUAGAUAAUACCGUUCCUGGCAGUAAACAGGAGAGAGGAACAUAUAUAUGGACAAAAGCUAUGGCUGCAAGAAACGAACCGGCAGUGAUGAAAGACUACGGGCUGCCAUUCGGCAUAGGGAGAUUUUUCACGUGGGUAAGGUGGACAGGUCUAUAAGGUAACAUGGUUAGGAUCAGUAGUCACAUAAUUUAGGAACCUUACAAUGCACGACGUUUACGCAUGAAACCGUAUGAGAUUUAAUGUAGGCUUUGUUGACAAAGUCUAUCAUUUGGAGGAGGAGGUUGCACUUAGUUAGGGGAGGUAAGGGUAGAUCAAAGGUAGAAGAUGCUUCACAAGCACCACUAUAAAUCUCCACACAUGAUUAGCACCUAUCAACUAUGUCAGUGUUAAAAUUAUAUGUAUUCGAAUUUGUUUACAGCCUUCAGUGCUUCCCUUUACUGAACCCCUAUCCCUGUGAUAGCAGACAUUUUCAAUUAGCUAGAUUCCAAUCUUUCGCAUGUAAGUAUUCUGAGCUACGAGCUGUGGUGUGAAACAUUCAUUAGUGUGCUACCCACUAGAAUUUCGAUCAACCGGAUUCACUUGUACAGUAUUGGGCGUUGCAACAUCUAUUCAUUGUCAGGGCCCAUUCCUGACUCAUUGGCC